AUGAAGGGCCUUACCCUUACGUGCCUCUUUGCUUGCGCCUUUGCGGAAGUAGACUUUGAUCAUGACCAGGACAUCACAGUCUCGCAGCAAUUGAUGGCAGCAUUGAUGCGUAAAAGAGGUCCAGACAUUGUUCGACCCAAAGGUAAUGUUGGGGAAGCUGUCGAUGUCCUUUUCAAAAUGGAGCUAUAUCAAGUCAUUGAGCUGAACGAAAGACAACAAUACGUAAGCGUUUCCGCUUGGGUGAUCGAACGAUGGUAUGAUGAGCUCCUUUACUGGAAUCCAGCCAAUUACGACAAUAUUACUGAAGUCAAAAUGCAACAUAAUCUUAUCUGGAUACCCGACACAACACUUUACAAUACGCUAGUGAUGAAAGAUGACGAACAACGACGUCUUCUUUAUGCAAAAAUUACCACUGAAUACGAGAAACGUCGAUCGUAUGUGGAGUUCCUCUAUCCAGCCAUUUACAAAUUCCACUGCAGGCUUUAUUUACAGUUCUUUCCAUUCGACUCACAAGAAUGCCAUAUGUUGUUCGGAAGCUGGACAUCGGACAAUCAUGAUAUUGACUAUCGUACACUGGAAAAUGCCGUUGGAACGACAAAUUUUCUUGAGAGUGAGGGAUGGAGCUUGCUGGGGACUGCAGGCAUACGCAAUGAAGUCCAUUACGUCUGCUGUCCUAAUAACUAUACGCUGCUGAACUUCAGUCUUUAUUUGAGGCGCCGACCACUGUUUUACGUUGUCAACCUUGUCAUCCCAACUUUCAUCAUCACCUUGAUUGCAAUCACAGGUUUUUUCACAACAAGUUCAACGACAGGAGUUAGAGAAGAAAAAAUAUCGCUGUGCAUUACAACUCUGCUGUCGAUGUCCAUUCUGAUGUUAAUGGUUUCUGAUCAAAUGCCAUCAACUAGCACGUUCAUACCGCUGAUAAGUUGGUUCUAUAUGUGCGCAAUAAUAAUAAUCUCUGUUGGCGCAUUGGCGGCAUCGUUCGUUAUCAGUGUGCAAAAAUUUGGUCUUCUGGGUGAACGACUGCCAAGAAAAGCUGUAAAUAUUGUCAAACCCUUCAGUUAUAUGUCUCUUACCAGGAUACCAUUACAUCUUGUGAAGGAGAGCCAAGCCAGAGCAAAAACUAUGGAGGAUUACACAAGCACCAUAGCGAAGUUUGCAAAAUAUAUCAUUACUGCCGGAACGGAAAUUCCAGCAUAUCCGCAUUGGUCACCUUACGUGAGUAUUUAUCUCAGCAGAUCUGCAAAUGUCGAGCCACUAGCACUUCUUCAACACGUUGUUCAGUUAAUUUCAUUCUUAAAAUUUUCUACUAUCGUUUAG